GGCGUACCAGGGAAAUGUUGUUGUUUAGAAAUGAUGUUGUUGUUCAGCCACGAGGAAAACAUUACGCAGCAUCAGAAGGUCACACACUGGGCAUUUAUGACAGCUGGCGAACAGACUGGUCUGGGUUCUCACCAUACAGGAACCAGCCGACGUUGGCACUCCCAGGUGGCGCCUCGCCUGGUGGCGCCCAUCACCACCACCACCACCACCACCCGAACGGCGGCGACGCGGCUUCCGGCUACCGGAUGCACCCUUGGAAGCCCCCAGAUUACGACACGGAUUUUUGAAGACACCUUUUUCUUUUUUUGU